AUGUCUUACCGGACGGACCUGUUCAUCAAUGGCGAGGUCAGUGCUGUCAUUGCGGCAUGCUGACACUACUAGCGCUUUUACUGAUGAAUUGAACAGUACGUUCCGUCCUCAAGUGGCGAGACUCUCUCGAUUCAUAGCCCGAACGACGACUCACUCGUCACGGAUAAAGUCCAAGUCGCCAGUGAACAAGAUGUCGACAAGGCAGUCGCGGCAGCAAAGAAGGCAUUCCCUGCUUGGCGCGAUCUGGCUGGCCACAAGCGAGCGGCCAUCAUGUUCAAAUUUGCCGAUAUUCUGGAAAAGAAUGUGGACAAGCUAGCAACGCUUGAGUCGGCGGCAAUGGGCCAGCCGGUACGGUACCAGGAUGGAAAACCGCUGGUUGCUAUGGAGCAUUUGCUGACCCACACGGUAGGUAUCCGUUGCGAAGAGAAUGAUUCUGGGGCCUGUGGCUCUGUGGCGAUACUACGCUGGAUACGCAGGAAAGGUCGCAGGUGAAAGCUAUCCACCAGACGAGGAUGGCACAUACAAGAUCGUCCAGUACGAGCCAUUGGGUGUUUGCGCCGGUAUCUGCGCGUGGAAUGUAAGACGGGAGAUUGGAAGGAGGAUCGUGAUCGCAUGCUAACGACAUGUAGGGCACCCACGUACUGGCAGCUUGGAAAAUGGCCCCAGCGAUGGCUACUGGCAAUACAUUCAUCUUGAAAUCUAGUGAGAAAUCGCCUCUAGCCACUUGCGCAUACGGUGAUCUUCUGAACGAAGCUGGCUUUCCACCGGGCGUGGUAAACGUUAUUACAGGUGCCGGGCCAGUCGGUUCUUUGCUUGCACACCAUAUGGAUAUUGCCAAGAUUGCGUUCACUGGCUCUGCGCCAGCCGGACGAGCAGUGAUGGCUGCGGCAGCUAAAUCGAACCUGAAGCAUGUCUCUCUUGAACUUGGUGGGAAGAGCCCAGCUCUCAUCUUCGACGAUGCGGACUUGGAUAACGCUGUCGAACACAGCUCGACCAGCUUCCUGCGAAACUCGGGCCAAAUUUGCUUCGCCGCGUCGAGAGUCCUGGUUCAGGAAGGCAUUGCACCAAAGUUCAUUGAGGCAAUCAAGGAUGCUUUUGGAAGCGCCGAAAAGAAGAUGGGAGAUCCGUCCCUCGCGGACACCGCCUUUGGACCUCUAGCGGACAAGAAGCAGUUCGAGCGCGUCAUGGACUUCCUUACCGGCGCCCGAAAUGAAGGCGUGCAAGUCCUGGUGGGAGGCGAGAGACUUGGGGACAAAGGUACCUUUGUCAAACCCACGGUGUUCUUGAAUCCAGACGUCAAGAGCAGAGUCUACACCGACGAGAUCUUUGGUCCAGCGAUCUCGGUCAAGACGUUUAAGACCGAAGAUGAGGCCAUUGAGUUGGCCAACAACACCAGUAAGUGCAGUAAUACUGCAAUUCAACCCUCUUGAGUUUUUGCCACCUGCUUACCAUUCAAUCUUCUCUCCACAGCGUACGGCCUCGGCUCGACCGUGUACACUUCGGACGUAGCUCGUGCGCUGAGAGUCGCGACAAAGCUGGAAGCUGGUACCGUCGGUAUCAAUUCCGCCUUCAACACGAGCCCUCAAACUCCAUUCGGUGGCUUCAAGCAGAGUGGCUAUGGCCGCGAGUCGGGCCCCGAAGGUUUGAAGGAGUAUGUUCAGCCCAAGACUAUUCAUAUCAAUAUGAAUGUGCCGCCUAAGAAGUAG